UAUGCACAUGGCAUCACACACGGCGACAUCAAGCCAGCUAAUUUCUUGCGAGCCCAGAAUGGCACAUUGCGUCUGUGUGACUUUGAUGUGGCACUCCGCGUUGAUGAGGACCGGGGGAGUGGGAGUUUGAAGCAUGCGACUGAUGUUUGGCGCCGAAACUACCCAGAGGAACGAACACAAACCACCAACAUUCGAGAACGUCAUGCAUGCUCUGACCAUCCCCACCUCAAAGCUUUAUACAGGUAA